AGCGCACACCGGUGCCGGCUUCAGGAGCGGGGAGGGCGCACAACAGCGGCGGACAGGACACAAACGGAGCCGCUAAUGAUAAAACUGUGCGUUUGGAAAGUGAAGAACCGCAAAGAACGGAGGGAAAGAAGAAGGAAUAAUCCGAGAAAAGAUGCUGACCGACAUGAUUGUAGAAGAAGAAUUUGAGCUGAAGGAGGAGGAACCGUGGUACGACAAGCAGGACCUUGAACACGAUCUGCAGCUGGCGGCCGAGCUGGGGAAGAGUCUUCUGGAGAGGAACAGGGAGCUGGAGCAGGGUCUGCAGCAGAUGUACGCCACCAACCAGGAGCAGCUGCAGGAGAUCGAGUAUCUGACCAAGCAGGUGGACCUCCUGAGGCAGGUCAAUGAUCAGCACGCCAAAGUGUACGAGCAGCUGGAUGUGUCGGCCCGAGAGCUGGAGCAGGACAACCACAAACUGUGUGUGGACAACCGAGCAGCCCAGCAGAAGAUCCAAGGGUUGACAGAAACUGUGGAGCUGCUGCAAAUGCAGGUGGAGGAGCUGCAGCAUCAGGUGGAAACGCUGAAGCUGAGCCCGACUCCACCUCUGAAGCUUCCACACAGAGACGGGGGUUGGCCUCGCAGCACCCAGAGUGUGUCCUGUCUGAAAGAACUGCACAACACCUUCAGGUACACAGAUGGUGACGAACUCCCAGAUGAACCCUCCGACUACUCCUGGCACGAGGAGGAGAGGGACUCGUUACGUCAGUCUCUGCGUGCGCUCCAGGCUCAGUUUGCUAAUGAGCGCGCUCGGAGGGAGGCGGCAGAACGAGAGGCGGAGCUGUUCGCCGGGGAGAACGUAACACUGGAGCAACAGCUAACAGCGAUGGAGGGGUGUCGGGCCAGGCUGACUGAGCUGGAGCACGAGGCCGAUGAGCUGCGUCAGCUCUGGAAGGCAGAAGCGUCCCUUCGCUCCGCCAGACCCGGUGCCGUCCACGGCCCGCCGGAGGAGAGCGAGGGGGGGCCGUGGAAAAGCCCCGGGGCCCUGAAGCGGUGGGACAGCGAGCAGCUCCUAAAGGCCUCGCAGACGCACGACGACGAUCACGAGUGCUUGUGCGCGCGUCGAGCCCAGGUGGUCAAGUACCGUGGGAUUUCACUGCUGAACGAGGUCGACGCCCAGUACAGCGCCUUACAGGUGAAGUACGACGCGCUGCUGCGACGCUGCCACCAGGGGCUGCAGGAAGACCAGCCGGACCAGCAGGACCACCAGCAGGACCAGCAGGCCGUCCAGACCUCUGCUGGUCCUGCUCUGGACGACUUCAGCGAUGACUUCCACCAGCCCGAGUACAAGGAACUUUUUAGGGAAAUUUUCUCACGCAUUAAAAAAACCAAAGAGGACCUGAUUGAAAACAGAAGCAGAUCAUCAGCUGCAGAAGUGUAGCUGAACGCACAGGGCUGGACGGUCGGACCACAACACUAAC